ACACCAUGUUUCCUCUGCAGCUUCUCGCUCUGACCUUCAUUUCCUCCCUCAGCCUCCAAGAUGAGGAGGACGAGGGGGAGAGGAAGGAGGUGAUGAAGGAGGAGGUGACGGAGAGCAGGUACGACCUGAUCUUCAGGAGAGGAGACCUCCUGGAAGUUCCCCGGACCCUCUUCACACACUUUGGUAUCUACCUGGGAGGAGGCAGGGUGGCUCACUUCAUCCCGGACAUCCUCCCUCUGCUGUCGUCUGAUCGCUACAGAAUCAAGCAGAUGGUGACGAACUUCAGACUCCUGCUGGGAGUCAUAGCGAAGUGUGGCAGUGUGAGGGUGGACCAUGUGGACGACUUUGCGUUCGGAGCUAAAAUCCUGGUGAACUCCACAGACAAAGUGUGCAGCUGUGCGGCGCUGCAGGGCGACGCGGUGGCACAGCGUGCGGAGCGUCUGCAGGGCGACAUCGCCUACAGCCUGCUGUGGUGGAACUGUGAGCACUUUGUCAUGUUCUGUCGGUACGGGACUGCAGUCAGCUUCCAGUCCUUCCAGUUCUGUAAAACAGUGAGGAAGCUGCUUCUGAGUUCAGGCGUUGCCAUGGUGAUGGUGGUGUUGUCUCCCUGCCUGCUGUUGUCUGGUGCAGCUGUAAGUUGGUCCAUGGUGCUGCUGGCCGCCCUGCCACCUUUCCUCAUCUGGAUGGCAUCGUGA